AAAGCCACGAGCUCAUCUCUUUCUUUUCGUCGGAGAGAGAAAGAGUUCGCUUGGCAUUAAGAGAGAGAGAGAGAGAGAGACUGGGUAGAAGCAGUAGCACAAAGCCGCGAGCUCUUCUCGUCUCUUUCUUUUCCUCGGACCUAGAAGCAACAGUAAUUAAACAAGUCGGCCGCACCAGCCGCCUAGUCUAGGGUUCCUGUUCAACGGCGGCGGCGAUGGCGCGGAAGAGGAAGACGGAGGCGGCGCCCCGGCUGGACGACGCCGACCGCACGCUCUACUCCACCUUCUGCGGCGCCGCCAACUCCCUCUCCCAGCUCUACUCCCAGGCCAUCGCCCAGCAGAAGCAGUCCAUCCAAGCCGGCGAGCUCCACGCACUCGACAAGCUCUACCAGUGGAUCCUGAGGAAGUACGAGGAAGAGUCGAGACUGACGGUCGCUGAUAUAAUGGCUCAUAUUCAGCAUGAGAUGGACUACGGAGGCAGUGAUGCACAUGUUGCUCCAAGAGCACAACAAUAUGCUCUAAGUGCCGGCGGGCAGUUUAGCAACUCAAGCAGCCAAAUCCCAGCUGCUCAGGCAUUAGGCCUGACUCCUCGGGCCGUCAGCAACGAACAGUCUAAGAACACCAUAUUCUCGAAUGCCCUGUCUAGUCCUGUCCGACAGAGCCUUCAGAGCUAUCACCUAACUCAAGGUCAAGGAGCAGGCAAUGGUGGGCAGACCACCACCGAAACAAACUCUGGAGAUCAAAACAGGGAGGCCAACUUAGCAGGCUCCAAUGACACCACAAUGGACAUGAUCUCAGACACUGCUGCUGAUGAGUACUACUGAGAUGGUGGAUGAUGGCAACUGGCGCCCUAUACUCUAUCUGUGAAUUGCGGUGCUGCAUGUUUGAUUUUUUUUCCUUUCCCUAAAUCGCACCGCACCAUCUUUGCGUCAUAAAAGUAUCCAGGUUGAGGGUUCUCGUGUAUUGUGUGCGAUUGGUGUUUGUUCAAACCCGUCUCAGCACCUGCUGCUGCAGACAAAUAUAUACACAUAUGCGAUGCGUUUGUGUUGAACAUAUGUAUGGAUGUGUAUCAAAAUUGCAUUGUGCAGUAGUGCUAUUUAUGUUUCUUGCGAA